AUGUUGAUGCAGGUGGACGAUCAACAAAUCAAUAGUUAUGAUAUCACCCCUCAAGCUGUCGCUCCUCAUCCCUGCGGAAUCAACUGUCUCGCUGCAACAUCUAAUCAAAAAUGGAUAUUCACUGGUGGGGAGGACGGUUUUAUACGAAAAUAUGACUUUUUCGGCUCAAUGAACGGGAAGUCGCCGUUAACUAUGGCCCAGAAGAAGGAAUUACAUUUCGACACGAUACAGAAUGCUGGACUCCUUUCGUCAGCUUGGGAUAAUGUGGAGCAAGUUAAUCCUGCAUCAGGUCCACUUCAAGAACCAAAAAUAUCGGCUGUUCAUAGCAUAGAUGUACAUUCUGAUGGUGUGUGGUGUGUGACGGGUUUGGAGCGUGGGACGAUCAAUUUGUGGACUGUUCGGCAUGACGAAGGAAAUUGCCAACAUGUGUUUGAUCAUCACAAGAACUCCGUUUCGGCAUUAAAAAUUACUCAAGAUCAACGAGGCUUGAUAAGUGCUUCGGAUAGAGUCAUUGUCUUGUGGGAUUUGAACACUGGCAGUAUUGCUCGACAGUAUGUCGGCCCAGCUUCGCCAAUAGGGUCAAUACAGCUUCAAGGAACGCAUCAUUUUAUUGUGUCGUCAUCAGAUGGUGGAUUGUUCUUAUACGACCAGAGAAAAGAUGCACCGGUCAAGAGAAUGAUUUCGCCUGAUACCUCACCUUGGACCCAAUCUGCCUCGUGGAGUGCUGAUGGGAAACAAGUGUACAGUGGAAGGAGAAACGGAUCAGUGGAUGAAUGGGAUAUUGGCUCAGGUCAACGUGUAAGGAAUAUUCGUAUGCCCUCCGAUUCUGGUCCUGUGAGUUCAGUUCUCGCCCUUCCUUCGGGACGACAUUUGUUGAGGCGAGUGAUUCUCACUAUCAGUGCUUCACAAGACAAUAUUAGAUUGUGGACUCUAGAUCAAAUACAAGAAUCAUCAAGUCGAGCAGCAAACGGCACAAGUACUUCCUCAUCGCCGCGAGUCCCUUUCACAAUUGUAAAUGGCCAUCAUGGAGGCUUCGUGUCUAGUCUGUUGACCGAUGAACACGGAAGAUAUUUGGUGUCUACCAGUGGGAAUCGUGGCUGGACCGAUUACGUGGCCAACAAUUCGGCAUUGUUUUAUGGCAUCCGACGAACGUGA